AUGCAUUAUUACCUGUAUGCAGCGUGUACCUGCGUUUUGUUCCACAACGCGAUUUUUUGUAGGGGUGCUUGGCUGUGCUCGCCAGUUUAUCAACAGUUUUUCGUUUGUUCGAAUUCCACCGCUCCUGUUAUGCUAACGGUUUUAUUGCAAAUUUUUGCAUUUGCUUGGCUUUUGCUGCCCGCGGCAUCCUUCUACCUUCCAGGGGUGGCACCAAAGGAUUAUAAGAAGGGCGAUACCAUUCCCUUAUUGGUAAAUCAUUUGACCCCGUCGCUGGUCAAAAAAUCCAAAACCAACUCGAAAACGCUUGUCUACUCCUAUGACUACUACUACCCCAAAUUCCACUUCUGCAAACCCGAGGGCGGUCCUCAGAAACAACUGGAAUCUUUGGGCUCGAUUAUAUUUGGAGACAGAAUCUUCAAUUCCCCUUUCGAAAUCAAGAUGCUCGAAGACAAAACUUGUCAAAAAAUGUGUACCGCCGAAUACUCAAAAUCCGACGCGAUAUUUGUGCGCAGAAACAUCCGUGCUGGCUACUCACACAACUGGAUCAUUGACGGACUUCCCGGUGCUCUGCACGUUGUAGACCAACAUACUCUGACGGACUUUUUCAAUCCUGGUUUUCCAAUUGGUCAAGUUGACGAACAGGAUAAGGCGCGGUUGCACAACCAUUUUGACCUUAUUAUCGAAUACCACAUGCGCAGCAAAGAUGUGUACCGUGUGGUGGGUUUUAACGUCAAACCUGCCAGUUACAGCAGUGCUAAUUUGGAUGAAAAGUCACUGCCUGAAGACUAUUGCAAUCCUGAUUUACAGCCUGUCUACCUCAACAAGGACAGAGAGUCAAAGGUUCUCUUUACUUACUCUGUUUAUUUCAAGGAAUCAAAAACUGCUUGGGCUACUAGAUGGGACAAAUAUUUGCACGUAUUUGAUCCAAAAAUUCAGUGGUUUUCUCUUAUCAACUUUUCCCUCAUUGUCGUCAUUCUUGGUAUAAUUAUUGCCCAUAUCUUGCACAGAACGUUGAAAAAUGAUAUUGUCAAGUACAACGAGGUGAAUCUCGAUGACGAUGUCGCUGAUGAUUCAGGAUGGAAAUUGGUCCAUGGAGACAUUUUCAGAACCCCAAAAAACCCAAUGCUUUUGUCCAUUAUUGUGGGCAGUGGUGCUCAGAUUUUGAUGAUGACUUCCGUCACUAUUGUGUUCGCUUUGUUCGGCUUGUUGUCGCCUUCUAGUAGAGGUGCAUUGUCCACCUUUAUGUUCAUCCUUUAUGUUUUGUUCAGCAUUGUUUCCUCGUUUGUUUCUGGAUACCUUUACAAAUUUUUCGGCGGUGAAAAUUGGAAAAUGAACAUGAUCCUCACUCCUCUUUUGGUUCCUGGUGUUCUCUUGGGAAUUUUCAUAUUCUUGAACUUUUUCUUGAUAUAUGUUAAUUCCUCAGGUGCCAUCCCCAUCGGAACUAUGUUUGCUAUUGUUGUUAUUUGGUUUGUUAUCUCUGUGCCAUUGUCUGUGUUGGGAUCGCUCCUUGCUAGCAAGAGACCAAUGAUUUCAGUGCCAGUCAGAACCAACCAAAUUCCAAGACAGAUUCCUCCUCAACCAUGGUACUUGAGAACCAUUCCAGUUAUGUUGAUCUCGGGUAUUUUCCCCUUUGGAUCAAUUGCAGUCGAAAUGUACUUUAUCCACAACUCAUUAUGGUUUAACAGAAUAUUCUACAUGUUUGGAUUCUUGUUUUUCUGCUUCAUAUUGAUGAUUGUGUCCACAGCAUUGGUGUCGGUACUUAUGAUCUACUACACCUUGUGCUCUGAAAACUACAAAUGGCAAUGGAAGUCGGUGUUUGUUGGAGGCGGCUGUGCCAUAUUUGUAUUUUUGCAUUCGUUACUCCUUGUCGGAGGAAAGAACUUGUCGGGAUUCCCAUCGAUUGUUUUGUACGUGGGAUACUCGAGUGUGAUUUCCUUGUUGGUUUUCAUUUGCUGUGGAUCGGUGGGAUUCAUUGUCAAUUUGAUCUUUGUCAGAAAGAUCUAUGCUCAGAUCAAAAUUGAUUGA